CCGGCUGGUAAUCCGACACAGACAGGGACAGGCACCAGCCACCAGCCAGCCGCCUGCGGUGUCUGCCGAGACACUUGGGUGAGGGAAGGAGUGUGGCCCUGGGCAGCAGCAGGCUGUGCCUCUCACUCAUUGGCUCUGGAGUUAGUUGGUGGCACAGCGGGGAAGGGGAUAGCAGUGGAUGGUCCGUGAGAGCCAUUGUCUGCCAAGGACUGAGUGCUUCUCCUGCGCAGGAUGGGCCUCCUCACCUGAACUGCGUGCCCUCCCACUGGCCUCACCCCAUCGGCAGAAGACCCGAUCCACAGCCUGGCCUCUUUCCGACACCAGGAACUCAGCAGCAGAAGCACUGGUGAGAGCAGACGAUGCCUGGCUUCACUCCAUGCACCCCCUAGUCCUGCGAGCGCUCCGUGAGGAGAAACGUCGGGUCUGAGCCACGCUGGAGAACCUUGAACAGGUCCUCAAGCACAUGCGAGAGGCCGCGGGGCGGCGGCAGCAGCUGGAAUUGGAGCAUGAGCAGGCCCUGGCCGUGCUCAGUGCUAAGCAGCAGGAGAUCGACUUUCUGCAGAAGGCUCAGGUUGAAGCCAAGAGAGAACAUGAAGGAGCUGUACAGCUGCUAGAGAACAAGGUACGGGAGCUGGAGGAGAGAUGCCGGGCACAGAGUGAACAGUUCUGCCUGCUGUCUCGGGACCUGGAACAGUUUCGGCAGCAGGCGGGCAGGGUCGACCUGUUGGCCAGCAGCCCCACGCCCCCCGGCACACCUUUCCUGCCAUUCAUGAACGGACUCGCCACUUCUCGGGGCGCAGGGCCUGAGAGUCUCUUGGGGAGCCCCCCUGUGCUGGGUGAGUGCACCCGGCCACUCCUGCUGCCUGUCCCGGGAGGCAGCCCAGAGCCCCUGCCCAUCACACCCGCCUUCCCGCACAGCCCACGAUGCAGACCUGAGCCAGGCAUGGAACAUGAUGAGAACUCCACUGCCCCCCGGCAGAGGUACUCGGGGAAGACUCGCCUCUGUGUCGCCCGCUACAGCUACAAUCCCUUUGAUGGGCCCAAUGAGAACCCGGAAGCGGAGCUGCCCCUUGUGGCAGGGAAAUACCUCUACGUCUAUGGAGACAUGGACGAGGAUGGGUUCUACGAAGGUGAACUCCUGGAUGGGCAGCGGGGCCUGGUGCCCUCCAACUUCGUGGACUUUGUGCAGGACAGCGAGUCCCACCUGGCUGACUCUCUUGCCAGCGAGGUGGAUCAGAUCAUCACCAACCACUCGGGCCUGGGCCUGGACGGGGAGCGCAUCCUGGACCUGCGUUCCCCCACGCUCCUCGAGCCUGGCCUCCCGGACUACAGGGAGGUGCCGGAUGCCAGCCCUGCCGACCUCGGAGAAGACACCGUGCCUUACCCUCGGAAAAUCACCCUCAUCAAGCAACUCGCCAAAAGUGUCAUCGUGGGCUGGGAGCCGCCAGCCGUGCCGCCCGGUUGGGGCACCGUGAGCGGCUACACUGUGCUGGUGGACCAGGAGCCACGGCUCAGCCUGGUGCUGGGCAGCAGGACCAAAGCGCUGGUGGAGAAGCUCAGCGUGGCGACCUGCACCCACCGCGUGUCUGUGCAGUGCGUGACCAGCAGGGGCCGCUCCGACCAGCUGCAGUGCACCCUGCUGGUGGGCAAGGACGUGGUGGUGGCCCCUUCCCACCUGCGCGUGGACGGCAUCACCCAGGUCUCCGCUCAGCUCUCCUGGGCACCCACCAACAGCAACUACAGCCACACGGUCUUCCUCAAUGAGGAGGAGCUGGGCCUGGUGCCAGCCGCCCACUACAAGUACCAGCUCCUGAACCUUCAGCCCAACACGGCCUACACAGUGAAGGUGCUGGCCCGACCCCACCAGGUGCCGUGGCAGCUGCCCCUGGAGCAGCGGGAGAAAAAGGAGACGGCAGUGGAGUUCUGUACACUGCCGGCAGGGCCUCCGGCCCCUCCCCAAGAUGUCACCGUCCAGGCCGGCCCCACCCCCACUAGCAUCCUGGUGUCUUGGACGCCUCCGGCUCUGACUGCCACUGGCCUGUCCAACGGAGCCUCUGUCACCGGUUAUGGCGUGUACGCCAAGGGCCAGCGGGUGGCCGAGCUCAUCGCACCCACAGCGGGCACCCUGGCCGUGGAGCUGGUGCGUCUGCAGAGCCUGGAUGCCAAGGCCGUGAGCGUGCGCACGCUGUCUGCACAGGGCGAGUCCGUGGACUCUGCCCCUGCCAUCGUCCCCCCUAACCUCCUGGUGCCUCCGCCCCCACCCCCGAGACCCACUCCCCCACCGCAGCCACCAGCAAGUGCCACUGGAGCCCCCCACACCAAAGACGGGCCCCCGGGGGCCCCAGUCAAGGUGGGUGGGGCCUGGGAGCCAAGCCGGGCCCCUGCCCCAGCCCACGGCCACAUGCUGGAGCUGCCCAGCCCUGGGCGGAGGUCGCCCUCGCCCAGCCGGAUCCUGCCGCAGCCUCAGGGCACACCAGUGUCCUCCUCCGUCGCCAAGGCCAUGGCCCGGGAAGCCGCUCAGAGGGUGGCGGAGAGUGGCAGGCUUGAGAAACGGAGCGUGUUCCUGGACAGGGGCUCUGGGCGCUAUGCCACCUCGGACGAGGACGAUGCCUUCGAGUCUCCGGGCACCCAGCGCAGGGCCGUGUCUGUAGAUGAGUUCCUGAGAGGCUCUGAGCUGGGCAAGCAGCUGCACUGUUGCCACGGGGACGAGCAGCACACGGAGAGCAGCCGAGGGUCCGACCUGUCGGAUAUCAUGGAGGAGGACGAGGAGGAGCUGUGCUCGGAGAUGCAGCUGGAGGAUGGCCGGCGGCGACCCAGCGGCACGUCCCACGGUGCCCUCAAGGACAGCACCUCCCGGGACUGUGCCGCGCUGUCCAGCAUCCCUGAGGUGGCCGAGGAGGACAUGGAGCAGCGACAGGCUUGGUGCCCACGGGGUGCUGGCAUCCGGUCCCGGUCCUGGCCUGCCAGGCCCUGCUGGGGAGGGGCAGCUGCCCAUGGCUUCCAGCCCCCCGCCAGGUCCCGCGCCCCCGGCCCCUACGUCGAGGACUGCCCACUGGAGGACCGGGGUGGCCGCUGCAGCCGCUUGGCCACCCGGAGCCCAGACAGUGGCCUGGACUGUGGGAGUGAAGAGGAGGAAAGCCGGGUUGGUGGCAGGAUCCGGGUCCUGCGGACUGCGUCUCCGUCCCUGACCGGUCCUCGACAGCCGGGACCAUGCCCCUGCAGGCGGUGCCUCAGGCCCCUGUUGGCCCGGCGGCGCACACUGACCCGGCAGAACAGCGUGGAGGGGGACUUUGGGGAGUUCAUGGACGCUCGCAAUGGCGCCUGGAGCGACGAGCCCCUGCCAAGUCCCGAGAGGCCUGGGAAGUCCAGCUGGGAGCGCCACCCCGGGCAGGACUGUUCCGAGAUCCUUGGGGCCCGGACGGCGGGACGGGCUGACAGGGCAGAGCAUGCAGGCCGGACGCUUCUCCGCAGCAGUGGGGGCCCCCAACGGGCGCGGCCAGGGAAGGGCCCGGCCAUCGAUGACUCUGGCCGGCGGGGGCUCUCGUCAGAUUUCUAUGAGGGCUCGGAGAAUGGCCCCGAGGAGCUGCCGGCACGUGUCUUCGUGGCCCUUUUUGACUACGACCCCCUCACCAUGUCCCCAAACCCCGACGCAGCGGAGGAGGAGCUUCCCUUUAAGGAGGGACAGAUCAUUAAGGUCUACGGCGACAAAGACGCCGAUGGCUUCUACCGUGGGGAGACGUGUGCGCGCCUCGGACUCAUCCCCUGCAACAUGGUGUCGGAGAUCCAGGCCGAUGACGAGGAGAUGGUGGAGCAGCUGCUGCGGCAGGGCUUUCUGCCGCUCAGCACGCCCGUGGACAAGCCGGAGAGAAGCAGAGGCGGCCGGAGACCCUCGGUGUCCACGCGGAGGAUGGUGGCCUUGUAUGACUAUGACCCCCAGGAAAGUUCACCCAACGUGGAUGUGGAGGCUGAGCUGACAUUCUGCACGGGGGACAUCAUCACUGUGUUUGGGGAGCUCGAUGAGGAUGGCUUCUACUACGGGGAGCUGAAUGGGCAGAAAGGCCUUGUGCCAUCCAACUUCCUCGAAGAAGUGCCUGACGACGUGGAAGUCUAUCUCUCGGAUGCGCCGGUCCACUAUUCGCAGGACACGACACUGCGGCCAAAGGCCAAAAGGAAGAAGAGUGUUCAUUUCACACCUUAAUCAGGCAAUGUAGCCUCCACGUAAGUGAGCAACUGAAGAUACCUGUAAAGAUACCGGCCCAAGUCUCCUUAGAUGGACUAAUGCGGUAGACUUAAGGUUCACUGUGGGGCUCAAAAAAAAGAAAUAUGUCUCAAAAAUGUCAUUGGACCCAAAUUAUUAGAGUUUUACUUAACCUCAGUUGUAAAGCAACUGACUUUGCAGUGAAAACAAUGCUUCAUGACCGUUUCCUUUUACCCUGAGAAUAUUUGAAAGGGAACAUCAUUGGGAACAUAUUUCUUAACAGGCUGUUUUGUUUACAUGGAGAGUGUUCCAAUGUCUACUCAUAGCAAAAGCUGCACAUUGCAUUGUUAGCCACUCCUGGGUAAAGCACAACCUACCAGUUUACUGCUGUAGGCAAUUCUACUCUCAGCACCAGAGCUCAAGGCCCGGUCCCUGAGCAGUGAGGCGAGUGAUGGAGCUGUCUCUGGCGCCACACAUGCUGGCUUGAAUGCCAGGCGAACUUUCCUCCCCGUCCCAUGCCUCUGUUUUAUGAGCAGCUCACUUUCCUCCUCUAAGCACAGACCCGUGUUCUGCGCCUGCGGGCGCGUGGGGAGCCAGGCGUGUUGGUGUACCAAUGCAAUGCCAGGUCUUAAAGAGACGCAGCUCGUGACUGCUUAGAUGGAGCCAUGGUAUCUUCAGGUGUCCUUUGGGAUGCUUUGCUAGGGGUUCUCCAUGAGAAUGAGACCUUGAUCUUAAAUCCAAGCAAGCUUGAAGCCCCCUGGCUCAUGGCACUUGCCUGCUGAGUGCUGAACACUCGGGGCUAGAAGAGGGGAGGGAAGAGGGGACACGAGCUGUCAGCUCAGGCACGAAGCCCCCUGUGGACGUGCGACCACAGACUGCUCUCAGCAGCGCCUGCUGACUCAGCCCCCUGGGAACCAGCACGCGGGGUACUGGGAGCAAGGGAAGCCAACCAGAAGGGCCUUGAAGCUUUCUUUGAUUACAAUUAAGGUUCAUUUUAGUACCUUUUUUUUUCUCCUUUCAACCAGUGUGCCAUCUCCAGUGUUUGAGAAUACUAACCCAGGAAUGCACUAUCAGGCGUUUAUAGACCCACCUAGUUUUCAAAUACAACAAAAUUCCCCUGCCAGAACUUUUCAGAUCACUGAUGGGCACUUGGCCAGUUUCACUCUUGACCCGAUUGAAAACGUUUCCAAGCUCCUGGUCUGCAUUCACAAAUUGUCCCCUAGCUCUGCUUUGCCAAAGCGGCAGCCACCUUCCCCGCAGCUGAGUGGGGCCCUGGUGUGGACAGCGAGGUGGUGG